AUGUUGGGCAAUAAUAUUGCCAAGGCACUUCCAUACUUAUUGAAUUUUUGGAAUGGUGUAGAUUUAAGAUAUCGUGGUCUUGAGAGCCCAAAGUUUCGUCUCAAUAUUGCUGGAUUUGUUUUUGCAAAAGAUAACAAAGCAUUAGAAUAUAUGGCUAAGAAUAGUUUGAAACAAAAUUUUUCAGACGUAGGAAAUGCCCUCUUCGAUAUGAGUUUGUUUUGGUAUCAAAGAAGAUGGGAUAUUCCACUUGAGAGUUAUGAUGUUGUCACAACAAUGACUGGUGAUGAACUGUGCAGUUAUGGUAUUGCGACUAAAGAAAACUGCACUACUUUAGGUUUGUCAUUUAUUGGAGGAGCUUGUCAAGUUUCUACAAAAUAUCCAUUGUUUUUAGGAGUAUCGAUUAUUAAAGACAAUUAUGGGUAUGGGGGUGUUGCAAUUGCUGCUCAUGAGCUUGGUCAUUCAUUUGGAGUAAAACACGAUGAUCGAGAGCAUUGUCCUCAUGGAAAUGGAGUUAAUCUAAUGUCACCAACUCGUGCUGACGGUGCAUCAAGUUUAGAUUGGUCAGACUGUUCACUGAAAGAUUUCAGUAAAUUUUUGUCUUCUAACGUCUCUGUUUGCUUGCAAAACAAACCAAAUUCAGGAAAAGCAUUACCAAAAUAUCUUCCUGGAAAAACCAUGAGCGCUGAUGAACAAUGCAAAGCUAUGGGUUAUAUUGAAGCAGUUCAAAAUGGUCCAGAAAUUUGUGAAUCACUAAAAUGUAUAUUAAGAUUUGAAGACGUACCUGUAGUCGAGAAUGGAAGUGAUUAUAUGCUUACAAAAUGGUGGUAUACGGCUGAAGGUGUUGCUGCUGAAGGAACAGCUUGUGAUGAUAAAAAAAUUUGCCUGCAUAACCAGUGUAUUGAAGAAGAAAAAACUAAAUAA